AGUGUCAGCCCUUCUUUUCCUAGUCCCCUGUAGUAUGGCUGAUUCUGUCGUCGUCAUCGAGGAUGAAGAUGAGUUGUCAUCAUUUUCAACCACAGCGGCGAGCUUGGUGUCGAACACGUGCGUCUCCUGUCCCUUGGGUGCAGCUGAGAGCUUCAGCGUUGUAUCAUACGAUCACCCGAUAUUGGACUUGGUCGCUACUGUUGACGAUGCUAACGGUUUCGGUUUGAAAGUCAACACUCAGAGGCUUACGGAUGGAAGUGACGAAGACAAGAAGCUGUUUGCGCGGAUGUUGGGAGAUGGGGAAUUGACGGUUCACCGCAUCGCGGGAGGGCAAGCGAUGAACUCUUUGAGGGGCGUCAAGUGGUGGUUUGAUCGCCAUGAAGCUGAUCCGGAAUACAAUGAUUUGAGCUUUGCGAACACGUCGGUUCGGAUUGUUGGCAGUGUUGGGGAUGAUGAGUAUGCCAACGUAUUGAGAGAGGCAUGUGCCGAGGCUGGUUUGGAGACGGAUUUUGAGGUGUUCCCUGGUGGCCGCACUGGAAAGUGUUGCGCACUUCUUAAGGACAAAAAACGAACGAUGAUUACGGAUUUGGGUGUUGCUCCUGAUUUCCGAGCCGGGCCCGAUAGAGGCAUUCCCGCUGAUUGCAGGGUCUUAUAUACGACAGCGUUUUACGCUUGUGGAGAUGGAUAUGCGUGCAGAGAGUACAUACCAAACCAUCCACAGAUCACGUCUGGUUACACAAAGCUGUUUGCUGGUCUCAGCGCUGCUUGGGCCUGCAGGAAUGAUGAUUUUACGUACAUGGCACAGCACGCCUGUGACGUUGUCUUCGGCAACGAGGUGGAGUUCACUGCUUUUGCUGAGCAUCUCGGUAUCGCAGGAAUUUCUAAAAUGAGUCCGCGGGAGAUCGCCGAGGCCGUCUCGGCGUUCAUGAAACCAGGGGCCUGGGCUAUCAUGACGCAAGGUCCCGAUCCAGUGAUAUGCUGUAGCAAUCUGACGGACACUUGCGAUGCGUUCGCUCAUACUGUGCGAGAUUUGGAUCCUCUGGCCAUCUCGGACGACAUUGGUGCUGGUGACGGCUUUGUCGGUGGUUUCAUUGCUGCGAUAUAUGCCAGGCUAUUGGCACGCGAUCUUACCCCACGUAGCAUCCCUUCUCCGCUGGAAAGCUCAGUUUCCAGUAUUAGUGAUGAUGAUGUGAGUGAAGUCCUCCCGUAUGAAGGUGACCGCGCCAAUGCGUGGCAUUCCAUCACUAGACAAAUGAUUAUGGAUGGUGUCGAGGAGGGAAUAUACUGUGCCCGUCAAGUGAUGAAGCAUACGGGAUGCCAAUACUUCUAGUUAGGUGGUCGGCUACAUACAGCGGAGCGAAGCAGUUUUCCGUAUAUGUCAAAAGUGGUCUCUGAUGGCGACUAGUAUUGAUGGUUAUUAUCACUUCGUAUAAUUGGGGAUAUGUGACACCGUGUAUGGUGUCUACGAAUUCAUAUCGAUCCUGAUAGCAUAACCAUUCUUACUGUUGUCGUAUCGGGUGCUGCUAGCUUCACGCUUGUAUCGAAGCCGUCUACUAUUGAUCGCGAAGUUGACGCUCUCGUAGUUGUAGUAGUACUAUAGUCGGUGUUGUUGUUAUUGUAGCCAAGUUCUGUAUAUUCCUCUACGGCGACUGCGAUUAGUGGAAAGUGUUGCUUGGUCGUAAUAUCAGUUAUUAUGAAACCCUCUAGUUUGGGCCUUCGAUGAGUGCGUACCUUCAUAUCAUUGCUGCAAAUAUGAGUUGUUGCUUUAGCCGCCGCAUUGACUACUAAUACCACUCUUCCGCUACAUCGUGUGGGUUAACGACAUCUGUACUACGACUAUCCUCUCAUCAUCACAAUCACCAUGUAUCUGCUGCCGGCUUGUCGCAUUCGUAUUCACUCUCUGUAUUUCUCCUUCUCCUUCUUGUUGUUAUGAGCAGAAUAAUGAUAAUAAUAAACUGUAUGAUGUGGCAAGAUCCAAGAGGUUCUCCCCAAGUAUUCUUGCUGCCCAAAUAAUAAUCAUUCGAUGACGGUCAUCUACGUUGGUGUAUUCUUUGAUGACAUCUCGUCACCUUCUCAUCAGGGGCUUUCGAGCCGUUUAUCGAGAUAGCGGGGUUAUGUUAUCAACUACGCCAAGUCCUACGUCAAGUGUUUGUUUGAUCGCGAUGAAGCCUUCGGGUCGCUGAGCAACUUCACCAUCCUCUUCGUUGUUUACUCUGUGUCGUUGGUCCUCCGGUGUUCAUCUCAUUACUUCCCAUUAUUAUCACCUACUGCUGUCGUCCUCAUGGACUGUUGAAGCUGUAGUAGAUGAAAACGUUAAGAAGCUCUGAGUGUCCGACAUAAGAGUUAGAAGGGAGGGGAUUUUCCGCGCAAAC